AUGCUCGACAAGAGGGGCACUGACGGGACAACAUCCGUCCACUACACCAUGAAGACCCCCCAUUCCGCGAGCAGGCCGUCGCCUGGUCUACGCCAGACACAUAGCCACUCCCACUCACAAUCAAAGCUCUCCGUCUCAGCAGCCGCCAGGAGCCCAAAGCCAACGACACCAGCUGCUUCUCCUAGAAUGCCAUACUCCGUUGGCCAGUCUCUUCCCCCUCAAAAGCUAUCGCCAGCACGACCUGCCGAACCCAGAGCUGCGAGUCCCAACUACUUCGGCCUCGUCGUCGACCAAUCUGCUGACCCCAGAGACUCCUCUGUGAUGCCACGAGACAACUGGAGCUCCCCGACGUCAUCCGUCAAAUCUUUCGCCGCCGCCCUGCCCAAGCAGGUCCCCAUCGAUGCUAACCCCGACUAUGAGGCCUUCAGGCGCCAGGCCGACUUGAACCGCGGCAAGGGCUUCAGUCUGUCCUCCUCUCACUUUCCGCAAGCACCGCCGAACCCUACGACUCUUCGCCCUCGCCCGCCAAGAUGGAAUACCCACGCGAGCGACACGGCCUCCGAUUUUUCGAUCCCGCGGGCGAGCAAGGAGAGGCCAACUGGGCGGAUGGAUGUCGAGCAGGAGAACGGUCCCGAUUCGGCCUAUGUCUCGGCGGACUCGAAGCGCAACUCUGAGGCGUCGAUAAACCCGCCUCCAAUGAUGCUGAACCUGAACUUGCCGAGAUUCGAGUCACCCAGACCGACUGAUUCGCCCUCGCCUUUUGAGCGUAGAACGACAUUGUCAAAAGUUGAUGAUCGUCACCCGAGAAUGUCCAUCUCCGAGAACAAGGUUGACCCGCCAUCACCACGUAGUACAGCGGCGAGACACCCAAGAGCCGAGACCCUGCCGCCGACGAUGGAGUCCGGCCCGUCCUUGAUCUCACCUGCGCAAUUGAAGGGCUUGAUCGAGGCCGGCGGCUCUAACACUGAACUCCUGCUUUUGGAUCUUCGAGUAUCUCAGCAAUACGCCAAUGCGCGUAUCGAGGGCGCUCUCAACCUCUGCAUUCCCACGACGCUUUUGAAGCGGGCCACCUUCAACCUGACCAAGCUGCAACAAACGUUCCAGAACCCUGCUAAUGAAGAGCGGUUCUCAAAGUGGAAAGAAACCAAGAACCUGGUUGUGUAUGACGCUCACUCGGCGGAAAAGCGUGAUGCUGUGUCAUGCAUGAACAUGAUCAAGAAGUUCACCAACGAGGGGUAUGCGGGCGGCUCAUACAUCCUGCGCGGCGGAUUUAAAGCAUUCGCAGAUGAGUAUCCCGACCUUGUGGAUGAGGGGUAUGGACCUCAGGGCGACAGUGCCUCUCCAUCAACGGCCAAUCAAGGGGGGGACCGGCCCGGCAUUGCACCCGUCAUUGGAGGCGUGAUGCUACCCAUGGCCAGCAACAACCCGAACCCUUUCUUCUCGAAUAUCCGCCAGAACAUGGAUCUCGCCGAUGGUGUGGGCCAACUGGACAUCGCUCGGCCGAGUGGCCUGGAGUCACCUACUUUGCCUCGAUGGCUCCGAGAUGCCUCAAAGCCUAACGACCACGGCAAGCAAGUUUCGAAUAAGUUCUUGAGCAUUGAGAAGGAGGAGCAGUCGCGGAUGAAGGCAGCAUACUCCAUGUUUGGCGGGGACCAGAAGGACAAGAAAGUACCCCAGCUUUGCGGCAUUGAGAAGGGCGUCAAGAACCGCUACAAGGACAUUCUGCCGUUCGAGCAUGCGCGGGUGAAACUCCAAGGCCGCCCCGAAGGAGCGUGCGAUUAUGUCAACGCCAGCCACAUCAAAGCGUCGAGGAGUAACAAGAGGUACAUUGCGACCCAGGGCCCGCUGCCGGCAACAUUCGAUGACUUCUGGUCAGUCAUCUGGGAGCAGGAUGUGCGCGUUAUUGUCAUGUUGACCGCCGAAUCGGAAGGUGGUCAACUCAAGUGCCAUCCCUACUGGCAAGGCCGGGACUUUGGCCUGCUCAAAUUGAAGCUUCUCUCGGAAAAGAAGGUGUCCCUUGACAUUGACAAGCACCGCAACAAUCAAGGCUCGGCGGCGCCUUCAGCUGCGGCUGCUGCGGCGGCUGCGGAAGCUGGUCGUCGACGUGCUAACACCACGAUGACCGGUCUUGCCGCUGCUGCAUCACCCGCGCCACCUCAAGGCGAGACUCCUCAUGUCAUUGUUCGCAAGUUUGUUCUGUCCCACGCAGCACACCCCUUCGCCCCGAUGCGUGAGAUCACCCACCUUCACUACCCAUCCUGGCCCGAUUUCGGCGCCCCGGCACAGCCCUCCCAACUCCUCGGACUCGUCAGGCUGGCGAACUCAAUGCAGAGCUCCGCCAAGCCUGUCGAUACUAUGGCUGCUGUCAGAGCUUCACCAGAGCCCGAGUCUGCGGACGAGCCAGAGAUGAACUCGAGGUCCAGGCCAAUGCUUGUUCACUGCUCCGCAGGUUGUGGACGAACGGGAACUUUUUGUACUGUGGACAGUGUUAUCGACAUGCUGAAGCGACAGCGACACGCCAAAUCAAACUCGAGGCCGGUCAGAAAGAGAGACUCGGAUGGUGACAUCAAGAUGAGCGGGCAGUCCGAGGAGGUGUCUCCGCGCGAAAAGACUUUCGACUUCAACCCCAGCAGUCGCCGAUCCAGCGCUGAGGGGCGCCGUGGAACCCCUGACAUCACCCCGUUGGACACCGCUUGGUUGAAUGAGGAUGGCGACACGACGGAUCUGAUCCAGAAUACCGUUGAGGAUUUCCGACAACAGCGACUCAGCAUGGUGCAAAGCUUGCGGCAGUAUGUUCUUUGCUACGAAACUAUUGUCGAGGCAUGA